AUGGGCAACCACCAAAGUAACGAAGUUAGUCCAGACGUCUUGAAAUCACUCAAGACCCUUGGAAAACAACUUCAGAACUGCGAUGAUGAAAGCAAGGCUCUAGGGAAUCUCGUACGGAAUUUCACACGGGCUCCUUCUACGCUGCUGGAAGCCCAACCAAAACUUCUGAAAGUACUUGAACCGAUACGCCAAAGGCAAGCCUCAGACGAGGAUAUUGAAAAGUUUUUGACAACAAUAAAACAUAAUCAGAACCCUCUCUCUUCGGACCAAGUCAAGCAAGUCGCGCCCAAGCUACGAAAAUGGAGACUGGACGAUGAAUCAACAACGUCAAGACUCUCGGACGCUUCCCGGUGGAUUGAGGACCCUUCUUAUUUUUGGGGCGCAGCGCGUGAUGCCCGUCCCGCGACCAGCGCAGAAGUUGUUCAAAAGUGCCUGCAGUAUGAGAAAGACUACCUCCAGAAUGACACAACACUGCUAAAACUACGUCGUCGAGUGAUGAGGGAGAUUAUCUGUCUAUUUACGACGUGUGAAAAGAUCCGCACCGAGGGCAAUAAAGGGGGGGUCAAACUUGUCACGGAUGAGAUUGCCACCAAAAAAAAGAUUGAUGAUGCAGACAAGAAACAAAGACAAUUGCUACAUAGUGAAGUGAGGAAACGCACUGUUGCAGGACGCAGAUGGCUCCGACUAGGUCGCGGAGUUUCACUCGGGGUUCAUCAAAAUGCUACCUCUUUCGAGAGAAGUCCUCUAAGCGAAGUCGAAAUUGAUGCUGCUCGACAGUACUGUGGACAACUUCCUGUAUUCGCGAACAAUACUCUUUCGACUGCUUGGUUCGCCAUCGUUAAAUGGUUCGUUCAGGAUUUGUACGAAACGGCUGUACGCGACGAAGUUUUUCUGUACGUUGAAAAGGACAACAGUUAUGACAAACAACCCAACAUCAGAAAGAACAUCAAAAAGAAGGACCCAGCGGCAGGAACAACGACUGCCUCCAACACCCCCGAGCCAAUCGACGACACUGACCCCAAUACCUGUGAACAAAGCGACGACACUACCUCCAAUAUCUCUGAACAAAGCGACGAUACUGCCUCUGAAACCUCUGAACAAUGCGACGACACUGCCUUCAGUACCCCUGAACAAAGCAUCGAUGUUUAUGAAAUCUAUCAUACACCAUCAACUGGGCAUGAUUAUCACCAGCCCAAGCGUCGUCGCCUGGAUGGCGUGGCGCCUGUUGCAAUCGACGAACAGAUUCCCGAUACGCAUUCGGGUCUCAGGCUCAUCCAACCUCACUCGGACAAUUCGACAGAUCUCAACAACUUCGAGAAAAACACAAUCUCGGAGACACGGUCAGCGCAACACCCGUCGAAUACACACCACGAGUGCUCUCCCUCAGGCGUCAACUCGAACGAGAGCAACAAGACUCCAGACGUGCACAUGGACGGAGUCACUAUGGAGGUCAUUGAAGAUCACAGACCCCAUGCUGGCAAAGGAGAUGAAAUUUGGCCGGCUGCGCAGGACCUCGUGACUAAUGAGUUCUGCCCCGGGAACGACGUACCCAGGAUGCCCAUGGACUUUGCAUCUGAACAGGGAAGCUUGGACAUACAUUUGGAUCAAAACGGUAACACGGCAUCUUCCAAUAUCCCUCCUGAUCAAUUUACAAGCAACAUGACGGAGGUAUCUGUCGACAAUACGACCCUACCUGAGCGACCAAAUGGACUCCCUUGUCGAGUGGGCGAGGAAGCGCCUCGAAAUAAAAAUCCACCUUCAACAGAGGUAGUUGAGUCUUCUAACAUUCAUAGUCGAGAGGCCGAGGCCAGGGAGCAGAUUGCCGGGACAUCAUGGACCUCCUCAAACAAGACAACUACUAAUGGAUGCGAAGACAGCGAUUCUGAGUCUGGAGAGGAGCCACAUAAACGGCGUCGUGUGGGUAGUGUCAGCACGGACACCACCGCGGAAGGUGAUCGUGUCAACCUUGGAAUGAGUCUUGCUCACGCCCAGAAGCCCAGUGAAGACUAUGCAGACAAGUUUACCACCGACGAAGUUGCCGCCGACAACUUCACUCCACAAAUGGAGAUACAUCCCCGCUCUGAUGUCGUAGAGGUCGUCGACGCUCUCAGAACGCUUGCGGCCCUUGCCCCCAUUCCACUCACUGACUGUGAGGAAAGAUCCUUGGGAGAUCAUGUUGGCGAACAAGAUGAACUUGGGCCAACUGCGCAGGCGCUCAUGAGUGCUGAUAGGCGCUCCUCCGCUGAAGGUGAAGAGGUCGACCUCGGAAUAUUUCCUGACGCCCUGAUUCUCGGUGACGGCGCCCCAUAUCAGUCUACGGACUUCGGUCGGUGGCUAGAUUACCUUGAAAAGAACAACGUUGAAGAUGUGCACCUCGAUAACGAAGAAUUUUGCGUCCCAGAGUCUGAACACGACAUUCAAGAUUUAGACAUUGAUAACUGGCUCAAUCUGGGGGAUGGGUUUCCAAAUCCGCAUUGGUAG